AUGGUGAUUGAAGAGCAAGUUGACAUAAACAUUAGGUACUUGUAUAGAGUUGAGAUUCUUCCGGAGGCUUUUAGAACAGAAAACCCUCACAAAAGCCCUCUGCUACUUUCUUUACACUCUCACUCAAUCCUCAACUCAGCUCAACCCCGGCCAAGCUAUACUCUACCACCAACGGCCAAAAAUAUGCCCGCCGCCGCGCCGCCACGGACCUACGAGGACUUCGUGAAAGUUCACGGCGUCCUCCUAGCGGCCUCCGGACUCCCUCGAUCACUGCACCGGAGGCUAUUCGACAAACUGAGUUCGGAGACCUUCGACGGCGGCGCUUACUUCCAAGUGGAGCCCUGUGAGGAAGGCCGGCAGCGGCGGCUCGUCCUCACAGCCGGAGCCUUGCCCAGAGAAUCCGACGUCUUCCUAGUCGAUCACGCCUGGACUUUCCGUCUGCCGGAUGCUUAUAAUCAGCUUCUAGAACUGCCAGGGCUGGCUCAGAGAAUGGCUGCUCUGAUGUGCGUUGAUAUUGAUUUGAAUUCAUCGGAUGCUGAGGAGACAGAAGGGGUUGGAGAGGAGAAUUUCAAGUUGAAUGCUGCAGAUGUGGUCGAGAAUGAAAUUCGCGAAGCGAAAGAGAAAGGGAACGACACUGUUAGGUGGUUGGAGCUUGAGGAGAUGGAUAUUGAUGAUGAUAUGCUGCUUUCUCUCGAACUGACUAGUAAAUUUCCGGAUUUACUGGCACUCAGCCUGUGCGGAAACAAGCUCAAGAACGUGGGAGUAGUGGCAGAAGAAGUUACUAAGUUUAAAAGCCUAAGGGCCCUCUGGCUUAACAAUAAUCCUGUUGAGAAGUGUGAUGUCCAAAUGGAACAGCAAAUUCUUAAAGGAUGCCCUGGACUGGAAAUCUACAACUCACGUUUCACUCCCAAUUAUGGUGAAUGGGCCUUGGGAUUUUGUGGUGGAGUAUAUGGGAAAGAUAAUCCUGACUUUGGUCAUCAGGGGGAAAGUCCAUUGAAGAAUAUAACAUCUCUUGACCUUUCAGAUAGAUGUAUCCGUUCUCUGAAGAACAAGCCAUUUUCUCCGGUCGAGAUGCCUCUUCUUUCACAUUUGAAUAUUCGUGGGAAUCCAUUGGAGGAUUCUGUUAGUGAACUAUUCACACUCUUGAAGAGAUUUCCCUCUUUGCAGUCACUUGAGGUGGAUAUACCCGGCCCACUUGGAGACAAUGCAGUAGAAAUUGCUGAAUCUCUUCCAAAUAUUUACCUACUGAAUGGUGUCAAGGCAUCAAAGAUAUUUGAAACUGGAAAGCUUUUGGUUGAUUCAAUGCUUCAGCCACGUUUUCCGGAAUGGACAGCAGAAGAAUCUGUGGUUGAUCGUGUUGUAAAUGCCAUGUGGUUAUAUGCUAUGACCUAUAGGCUUGCAGAUGAGGAAAAGUUAGAUGAAUCUUCUGUGUGGUAUGUAAUGGAUGAGCUGGGCUCAGCUUUGCGACACAGUGAUGAGCCUAACUUCAGGGUAGCCCCUUUCCUUUAUAUGCCAGAGGGGACACUGGAGUCAGCUGUGAGCUACUCCAUACUAUGGUCAAUCCGUAAUGUUGAUAGUGGAGAUGAGUGUACUCGUGAUUUCUUAUUUGGGAUUGGAGAGGACAAGCAACGUUCUGCAAGGCUAACGGCAUAUUUCCAUACACCACAGAAUUACUUUCUUCAAGAGUACAAGAAAUUCUGUCAGAAUCUGCAAUCAAAGAGAUUACCUUCUUCUCUAGGGAAGUCGUCUUUUGUCCGGAGCUUGUGUCGUAGUGAUGGAGAACCUUUACAUGUCUACACUGAUAUACCUCAAGUAGAGGAGUUUCUGACCCGUCCGGAAUUUGUAAUCACAUCUGAAAUGAAGGAUGCUGAUAUUAUAUGGACAAGUACACAAGUAGAUGAGGAGGUGAAGAAAGUAACUGGAAUCACAGAGCGCCAAGUAAUAAAUCAAUUCCCCUUCGAGGCAUGUCUCGUCAUGAAACAUCAUCUGGCUGAUACUGUUCAGAAGGCACAUGGAUCUCCUGAAUGGUUGCAGCCCACGUAUAAUCUGGAAACCCAGUUGUCUCCACUUAUAGGUGACUACUUUAGCCGUGAAAAAGAUGGGACGAACAACCUGUGGAUCUUGAAACCAUGGAACAUGGCACGGACCAUUGAUACAACUGUGACUGAUAAUCUGUCUGCCAUUAUCCGUAUGAUGGAGACCGGACCUAAAAUAUGCCAGAAAUACAUCGAGCACCCAGCCUUGUUUCAGGGGAAGAAAUUCGAUCUUCGUUACGUUGUCCUGGUUCGCAGUAUAAACCCUCUGGAAUUGUUUCUCGCAGAUGUUUUCUGGGUUAGGCUAGCAAAUAACCCGUAUACACUAGAGAAACGAAGCUUGUUCGUCUAUGAGACUCAUUUUACUGUCAUGAACUACCGAGGGACGAUAAACCACAAGAACACGCCUGAUUUCGUGAAGGAAUUUGAACAGGAACAUAAUGUUCAGUGGUUGGAUAUCCAUGAGAGAGUAAGGAUGAUGAUAAAAUCUGUCUUUGAGGCGGCUGCCACAGUCCAACCUGAGAUGCACAGUCCAACAUCCAGGGCAAUUUACGGCGUAGAUGUAAUGCUCGAUACUAAUUUUCAGCCCAAGUUAUUGGAGGUCACUUACUGUCCUGACUGUACAAGAGCUUGCAAGUAUGAUACAGAGAAUCUAUUUGGAACGAAAAAUGUAGUCAAAGGACGCGACUUCUACAAUUACGUCUUUGGUUGUCUAUUUUUGGGUGAGGAGAACAAUGUUUCCCGAUUGUAAAGCCACAUUUUAAUGUUUCAAACUUUAUUAGGAUAUUUGUAACUUGUAAGUUGUAACCCUAUCGAGGGAGGCUUCCAGCUAGUUGAGAGUUGUAAAGACAGCAAACAGCUCUUCUGGUAAUGAGUAUUUGCACUGAACAAACAAAUGGUUAUCUGAAAGUGCAUUAACAAUGUUUGGCUAUGUACAAGUGCUUUUAGUUCCGUAAACCACAUCGAGUUCAUCACACGAGGAUGAUUGUAACUUGUUCGUUCAGUAAUAGGGCACGUUAUAAACCAUGCUGAUUCAAUUGAUUUCUGGGAGAAGAUGAUAGCUUCUUGUGCAUUUCUAGGCUGGAUAUCCGCUCGGCCUCCAGAGCUCGCUCAAGCUUGGCAGCACGAGUGCUCCAUUCCCCUAAUAUAGCUCUCAGCCGCUCGUUCUCUUCCACGUACUGAUUAUUUGCAGCUCGUACCCUCUGGAACUCGGACUCCCGAUCAGCUAUCACAGACCGAGCAAGCUUUAGCUCAGACUGUAGUUGAUUCAUCUCGGCAGUGAGCGUCCUUAACUCCUGUUCACGAGCACCCAACAAAUGUGCAACGUCAACCUGAGGUGUGCUCCCAUUGCUAGAUUGUUCAUAUUUGCUUAAACAUUCUUGCAAACGUAGAACCU